AGCACUCAGGGUUUUCAAAUGAUCCUGCAGGUUGACCUGGGAUAGCGGCAGAGCGAGGCUCGCGGUGAUUCAUCAAAAUGGGAUCGUAACAGCAGCCAGCAUGUUCAAAAGUGGGCUGAAGAUCAUGGGGAUCUCCCCUGAUCUGUUCCUUGAAACACCCCUGGUGCCGUCCCUACGCGCAAUACCGUCGGUGCGAGCCGGCCCCGCCCCUCAUAAGCCCCAGAGGCGCAGCAGCCGGAGUGACAGCGCUGCCAGGCCCCCCCCAUUGCGCUCAGCCCCCAGGCCAGGCCCCAGCAGAGGCAGCAUGGAGGUGGGGAUGCGUGUGGUGCGGGGCCUGGACUGGAAAUGGGGAAACCAGGAUGACGGCGAGGGCCACGUGGGCACUGUGGUGGAGAUAGGUCGACAAGGCAGCACUACUACACCGGACAAGACAGUGGUGGUACAAUGGGACAGUGGCACCAGGACCAACUACCGCACAGGCUACCAGGGGGCCUACGACCUGCUGCUUUAUGAUAAUGCUCAAAUUGGCGUGCGUCACUCCAACAUCAUCUGUGACAGCUGCAAGAAGCAUGGCAUCAUGGGAAUGCGAUGGAAGUGCAAGGUGUGCUUCGACUACGACCUCUGCACCCAGUGCUACAUGAACAACAAGCACGACUUGAGCCACGCUUACGAGCGCUACGAGACGGCCCACUCCCAGCCAGUAAGCUUGGCACCGAGGCAGAACCUCCCGCGGAUCAUCCUCAAAGGAAUCUUCCAGGGGGUUAAAGUCGUUCGAGGACCUGACUGGGACUGGGGCAACCAAGACGGCGGGGAGGGUAAGGUUGGGAAGGUAGUGGAUAUUCGUGGCUGGGACACAGAGUCUGGUCGCAGCGUGGCCAGUGUCACCUGGUCUAACGGCACCACCAAUGUCUACCGAAUGGGCCACAAGGGCAAAGUAGACCUGAAAUACGUGUCUGACGGCCAAGGAGGCUUCUUUUACAAAGACCACCUACCAAAGCUCGGAGAGCACGCAGAGCUGCAGCGCCAGGAGAGUGUUGAUGGCCACUCCUUCCAGCAGGGAGACAAGGUCAAGUGUCUCUUGGAGGUGGACAUCCUGCGACAGAUGCAGGAGGGCCACGGAGGUUGGAACCCCAAAAUGGCAGAGUACAUUUGUCGGAUCGGGACUGUCCACAGAAUCACUGACCGAGGAGAUGUCAGAGUCCAGUACAGCAACAACAUCCGCUGGACUUUCCAUCCUGGGGCCCUGACCAAGGUGAACACGUUUGGAGUCGGUGAACAAGUCCGAGUGUUGGAGGACAUGGAGAGUGUGAAGAGACUGCAGGCUGGCCACGGAGAGUGGACAGACAGCAUGGCUCCUGUGCUUGGCCAGGUCGGGAAGGUGUUGAAAGUAUAUGCUGAUGGUGACCUUCGGGUGGCAUUCGGAACUCAGACAUGGACGUUCAAUCCAGCGUGCCUCUCGGCCCAGCCCGUGGAGGUGGACGCCAACCUCAUGACGGCCGAGAACCCCAACGAAUCUGGAAGUACUGUCAUCUCAGUGUUGGAGAAGCUGCUGUCUCAGUCUACAGAGCAGGACAAUCCAAGCCGCUUGGUCAUUGAGGCAGCACAUGGCAGUGCCAACAAAGUGAGGGAAUUGGUGCAGAAAUAUCCUGACAAGGUGGAUAUAAAGAACCAGGGCAAGACUGCACUGCAGGUGGCUGCUCACCAAGGCCACAUGGAGGUGGUGAAGGCCCUGCUGCAGGCCAACAGCUCUGUCGAGGUCAAGGAUGAAGAUGGAGACACAGCAUUGCACUACACUGCCUUUGGUAAUCAGGCAGAGAUCGCUCGGCUGCUGUUGAGCAAGGGGGCAAACGUCAACCUCCUGAACAACUCCAUGUGCACGGCGCUCCACAUUGCUGUCAACAAGGGCUUCACUGACGUGGUGCGGGUGCUGACUGAACAUUCAGCUGACGUCAAUCUCCAGGAUUCAUAUGGAGACACGCCUCUUCACGACGCCAUUGCGAAAGAUUUCCGCCAAAUCAUUGAGAUCCUGGUUUUGGUGCCCAGCAUUGACUUCACUCAGCAGAACCACAGAGGCUUCAACCUCCUGCACCAUGCUGCUCUAAAAGGAAACAAACUGGCCACAGAGAAGAUCCUCGCCAGAGCACGGCAGCUGGUGGACGUUAAGAAGGAAGAUGGCUUCUCCGCUCUGCAUCUGGCCGCCCUCAACAACCACAGAGAUGUUGCUGAGAUCCUCGUCAAGGAGGGACGCUGCGACAUCAACAUCCGCAACAAUCGCAACCAGACGCCACUGCAGCUGGCGGUGACACAGGGUCACACCGAGCUGGUGCAGCUGCUGGUGGCCGAGGGGGCGGACGUCAACAUGGAGGACGAGGACGGCGACACGGCCAUGCACGUUGCCCUCCUCCGCCCACAGCUGGCCAACGUGAUGCUCAGCCCGGCUGUGGGAACCAGCAGCACAGAGGAGAGCAGUGAGGGCUGUUCCUCCACGUCGCUCUACUGCAGGCUGAGCGCCUCAGGUCUUGUGGGGAGCACGGAGCUGAGCGUCGGGGCAGCUUUGGCCUGUUUUCUGGCACAGGAAGGGUCGGACAUCAACUAUGCCAACCACAAGGGCAAGAGUCCUCUGGAUCUCGUGGCUGACAGCACAAUGCUGCAGCUCAUCAAGAGCUUCUCAGAGAAGCACAGGUUGCAGCGUCUGCAGGCCAUCACAUCUGGACAGGGCUUGAGCAGUGCCAGCCUGCGGAGGGUCCACACCACGCCCAACACCAUGACCAACCUGGUUCUUCCCACGCCACCGGGACCCAGCGAAUGCCUCAUCUGCUCCGAGCUGGCUCUGCUGGUUCUCUUCUGCCCCUGCCAGCACAGCGUGGCCUGUGAAGAAUGCGCCCAUCGAAUGAAGAAAUGCAUCAAAUGCCAAGUCACAAUCACAAAGAAAAUUAGACAAGACCAAACAGAGGUGGACUGCAGUCCUGGAAAUGAGAACUCGGAGCAGCACAACCUGCUGGAGCAGCUGCAGUCCCGCUACCGGCAGAUGGAGGAGCGGAUCACCUGCCCCAUCUGCAUCGACAACCAGAUCAAGCUGGUCUUCCAGUGCGGACACGCCUCCUGCAUCGACUGCAGCGCUGCGCUGAAGACCUGUCCCAUCUGCCGGCAGACCAUCCGCGAGAGGAUCCAGUUGUUCGUCUGAGCUCUUACACCACCCAAAGAGGAAGUCGUGAGGGAAUUGGAAAGAAGUAUGGGUGGGGGUGUGGGGGUGGGAGGGGGCAGCUGUUACCGCUUGAAGACCCAGCGACCUGUAUCUGCCUGUCGCGCCCUCCUGCUCAUGCCCACCACACGUUAUCAAAUGCGCAAUCUGCCCAUGAUGCUUUACUAUAAGACGCUGUGUUACAUCAUGUUUGUUACAUUCUCUGUAGUUUCCCUCCUGAGCAGCACAGGCAGGAACACGUCGACCACUUUAACUUUAUUCUUUGCCGUCAGUACUGCUCAUCCGUCGAGCUCAACAGGAAGCAGACAAUGCGAAGCUGGGAGAAACAGUUUAUCAGCAUCUUCUUUUCCACCACCUGUAAUCUGUCCUAUCUUUGCUGCUUUAAGUGGAUGUCUGUUACCCAUCAUCCUCUCUGGCUGUCUGUUACCCAUCAUCCUCUCUGGCUGUCCGGCCCCUUCUGUUUACAAAGCUGCACAGAAUCAGUCCCGUGUCCGCGCCUCCCCCCCCCUCGGCCUGUCCUGUGAAUUAUGUUUGCUCUCAUUUGUAUCAAUUGCUUAAUAAUCAGUGUUAGUCUCUGCAGAGGGAGUUGGUAUAACUAAAGCUCUCUUUAUAGUCCCCAAACACUCGCCUGUAUGCAAGGGGAAAUACACACUAUAUAUGCAUGAGUAUAUGCAUAUUGUAAAGCUGAAAAUGACUGUGUCGUCAUUGGGUGAUUUGUCGUCGUCGUCGUUGUUUUUAUUUCUCUCUGGUUACAUUUGUGGUUUUUAAUGUACCGAUAAGUGCAGGUUUUUAUUUAUGUGUGACAGGUGGUUUUACUUGGUAAUGUCCUUUUCUCAGUUGGUGUUUGCUUGGCAAAAAUAUUAUUGUUUCUACUGAAAUUCACCCCAAGCCUAUGUCCUCUACUCAGGGUAUCAAAUUAUUGAAAGCACUUGUGAUAUCCAUGAAAGGUUAAAGACCCCCCCCCCUCUCUCCCAACACACACACAAACACACAAACACACACACAGUUUGUCAGAUCAUUUUAGUGGAGGGUCACUGAAGGAAAAGGUCAUUGAUAACUAACCCUGUAGAUGGGGGAAAAACCCUUUUUAUAAACCCAUAACUAUUGUUUUCUCUCAUUAGUGAAUUGAAUGUUUGCAGGUGAGUUUCUGCAACAGAACUGCACUCUACUUCAAAACAAUACAAAAUAAAAUUCCUUAAAACAUCCCAGAAGCACCACUCAGCUCUAACUCUGUUUAAUUUUGGACAGAAAGAAUUGUGUUAGUCUGACCACAGUCUGUCAGUCAGUCAGUCAUCUGAGCACCAAGUUCACACUUUCAAGGAGGGCGCUCAAGUUUCUGUUAUUUAUCCACCAGACGUAUUGUAAGAUAAAGAAUCAGAAGGGCAAAAACAUGACACUGUUGUGUUGCAUCUGUGGUUCCUUGUUCUUAGUCGAGUCGAUUCAGUGUAAACCCUGUUCCCUUCCUUUCUCCGCUGGAGUAUUGGAUUGACAUCAUCCUCAUCCUUUCUGUCUUGGUGUGUUUUCUUGAAGGGCUUAUGCAUAUGAGAAAAAAAUGUGUAUUUUAAUCUUUUAUUUAAUUUUAAUUUUCUAUAAUAAACUCCAGCAGACAGGAGUUUUCGAUUUUUCUUUUUGGUCUUUGUUAGAUCCCAAAUUUUGGGAGAGCCAAUGUUAAAGAUGUACAUUUGAAUGUCGAGGGGGAAAAAAUGUAUCCUGUCUCACUCUGCCUUUUAUGUGUAAAAGAAAAGGUUUAGGGGAAGGAGUCAUGUGUUUACCACAAGGUUUAUUUUGAGGAAAGAACUUCUACAUCAGUGCCAAAUCGCAUGAGGUUGUGCAUGGGCAUGUACGCCCGAAUUUAUCUUUAAAAAAACCCUGCUAAGCUCAAGCGAGGGUUCUGUAAUUCCAGCAGUGUGAAGUAAACUAAAAGCAAACUUUAAACGUCAAUGUUACGCAACUCCACACACCUGGUUACAGUACUGACAUUAGCGGCUGAGCUAAUGGCGUUAGCUGUAGUGCUCCCAACCUCCUCAUGCUCUCAGUGACAGGUGACCCUACGCUCACUUCCAAAAUAUGAUCAGUCCCAUAUUGUUUGGAGCUUUUUACAACUAUAUAUAUAUCUAUAUAUAUAUGUGUAUAGAUAUAUAUAUAUAUGUUUAUAUUUUGUGAGACAUCAGUCGAGCAACAAGUUUCUUACAGAAAUGGCACCAUUUUAAGGAUCUGUCCACUGGUGUUCUAAGAUGAUGGAUUCACAGGAAAAAGGCAAUAAAGUUUUAGAAAAAGGGGGAAGAUGUUUGAGUUCUUUUUUUCCCUCCCCCUUAAAGAGGCUGCUGCAAAGGCGGGAAACAAUUUAUGUAUAAACACACGAUAAAAGCAGCAAACGUUACUAUUGGUGUUUGUACAGUUCAGCUCUUGGAGUUCUGAUGUUGGCCUUACUGUCCAUUCCUCCUCUGUUGGUGUUUUUUCAGUUGUAUUCUGUACAAAAAUAUUUUGCAAUAAAUAUGGAACUGUUUUCUAAGGA